AUGUUGCAGAAGAUGAGACUUGAAGAUGAAGAGCUCUCGGAUGAGAGUUUUUACCUUGGAGAUGUUAUGGAGAAGGAAUCCACAAUACUUAGAUCUAGUCUGGAUGAUUCCACUGUUGUGACUCCAAUUAUUCUCAGAACAGAUCCACAUGGAUUUUUCUUUUACUGGACAGAUCAGAAUAAGGAGACAGAGCUGCUGGAUCUCAGCUUCGUCAGAGAUGCCAGAUGCGGGAAACACGCCAGAGCUCCCAAGGAUCCAAAAUUGCGUGAACAGUUGGAUGCUGGGAACAUAGGAGGUCGUCUGGAGAAUCGAAUGAUAACUGUUGUCUAUGGCCCAGACUUGGUCAAUAUAUCGUACUUGAACUUAGUGGCAUUUCAAGAGGAAAUAGCAAAGGAAUGGACGGACGAAGUUUUCAGUUUGGCAACAAAUCUGCUGGCACACAACAUGUCAAGGGAUGCAUUUCUGGAAAAAGCUUACACAAAACUUAAGCUGCAAGUCACUCACGAAGGACGUAUUCCUCUCAAGAGCAUAUACCGCUUGUUUUCCGCUGACAGAAAACGAGUAGAGACUGCAUUAGAAGCUUGUAACCUUCCAUCUGCCAGGAAUGAUUCAAUCCCUCAAGAGGACUUCACCCCAGAAGCCUACAGAGUAUUCUUAAACAAUCUGUGCCCUCGGCCUGAAAUUGACAACAUCUUUUCUGAGUUCGGUGCCAAGAGCAGACCAUACCUUGCUGUUGAUCAGAUGAUGGAGUUUAUAAAUUAUAAGCAACGUGAUCCACGGUUAAAUGAAAUCCUUUAUCCACCAAUGAAGCAGGAGCAAGUUCAACAACUGAUUGAGAAAUAUGAACCCAAUAAUAGUCUAGCAAAGAAAGGACAGAUAUCAGUGGACGGAUUUAUGCGAUACCUGAGUGGAGAGGAGAAUGGCGUCGUUCCACCUGAGAAACUGGAUUUGAAUGAAGAUAUGUCUCAGCCGUUGUCUCACUAUUUCAUCAAUUCCUCACACAACACCUACCUCACAGCUGGACAGCUGGCUGGGAGCUCCUCAGUAGAGAUGUAUCGCCAAGUGCUCUUGUCAGGCUGCCGCUGUGUGGAGCUGGACUGUUGGAAGGGGCGAACGGCAGAAGAAGAGCCAGUCAUUACACAUGGAUUCACCAUGACCACUGAAAUAUCCUUCAAGGAAGUAAUAGAAGCUAUUGCUGAGUGUGCAUUUAAGACAUCGCCUUUUCCAAUCCUCCUUUCCUUUGAAAACCACGUGGAUUCCCCUAAGCAGCAAGCCAAAAUGGCAGAAUAUUGCAGAUUAAUUUUUGGCGAUGCACUGCUCAUGGAUCCACUGGAAAAAUACCCACUUGAAAGUGGCGUUCCCCUUCCAAGCCCUAUGGACCUAAUGCACAAAAUUCUGGUGAAGAAUAAAAAGAAAUCACAAAAGUCUGCCGAUGGAAGUUCCAAAAAGAAGGUAGCUGAGCAGGCUUCCAACACGUGCAGUGAUGCAUCCAGUGGGUUUGAACCGUCUUCUCCUGGAGCAGGAGAAGCAGAGAUUGAAAGUGACGAUGACGAUGACGAUGAUGAUGACUGUAAAAAAUCAUCCAUGGAUGAAGGCACCGCUGGCCGUGAAGCCAUGGCCACGGAAGAAAUGUCCAACUUGGUGAACUACGUACAGCCAGUGAAGUUUGAGUCAUUUGAGAUAUCAAACAAACGAAACAAGAGUUUUGAAAUGUCUUCCUUUGUGGAAACCAAAGGUCUUGAGCAACUCACAAAGUCUCCAGUGGAAUUUGUGGAAUAUAACAAAAGGCAGCUUAGCCGGAUUUAUCCAAAGGGAACACGUGUAGAUUCCUCAAACUACAUGCCACAAGUCUUCUGGAAUGCUGGCUGUCAAUUGGUUGCUCUUAACUUCCAAACUGUAGAUUUGUCUAUGCAAAUAAACAUGGGGAUGUAUGAAUACAAUGGCAAAAGUGGGUACAGGCUAAAGCCAGAGUUCAUGAGAAGACCAGACAAACAUUUUGACCCAUUUACCGAAAGUAUUGUGGAUGGAAUAGUAGCCAACACUCUGUCUGUGAAGAUAAUUUCAGGUCAGUUUCUUUCGGAGAAAAAAAUCGGUACUUAUGUAGAAGUAGACAUGUUUGGCUUGCCUGUGGAUACAAGAAGAAAAGCUUUAAAGACAAAGACCUCUCAAGGCAAUGCUAUUAACCCUGUAUGGGAAGAGGAACCCAUUGUAUUUAAGAAGGUAGUUCUGCCUUCUCUGGCAUGUUUAAGGAUAGCAGUAUAUGAGGAAGGAGGAAAGUUUAUAGGACAUCGGAUAUUGCCUGUCUCAGCAAUUCGACCAGGCUAUCACUACAUCUGUCUGCGAAAUGAGCGGAACCAACCUUUGAUGCUUCCAGCAGUCUUUGUGUACAUAGAUGUUAAGGACUACGUACCCGAUACUUAUGCAGAUGUGAUUGAAGCAUUAUCCAACCCAAUCCGAUAUGUAAACUUGAUGGAACAAAGAGCUAAACAGCUGGCAGCACUCACACUGGAGGAUGAAGAAGAGGUAAAGAAAGAGGCUGAACAGGGAGAUCCACCAUCAGAAGCUAAUCAUGAGCCCAGACCAACACCGGCAGAAAAUGGACUAAGUCACUCCACUUCUCUGACAACAAAGCCAGCAACUCAGGUUGUUCACAGCCAACCAGCCCCGGGUUCUGUGAAAGCUCCUGCCAAAACAGAGGAUCUUAUUCAGAGUGUCCUAACAGAAGUGGAAGCCCAAACCAUUGAGGAACUAAAACAGCAGAAGUCCUUCGUUAAGCUGCAGAAGAAGCACUACAAAGAAAUGAAGGACCUUGUCAAGAGACAUCACAAGAAAACCACCGAUCUGAUUAAAGAGCACACUGCAAAGUACAAUGAAAUCCAGAAUGACUACCUGCGACGUAGAGCAGUCUUAGAAAAGAGCACCAAACGGGAUAGUAAGAAAAGAUGUGAAACUGGAAGCCCGGAUCACAGUUCAACUAUUGAACAAGAACUGGCUGCCCUUGAUUCAGAAAUGACCCAGAAGUUAAUAGAACUGAAGGAAAAGCAACAACAGCAGCUUCUCAAUCUCCGACAAGAACAGUAUUAUAGUGAAAAAUAUCAGAAGCGAGAACAUAUUAAGCUGCUCAUUCAGAAGUUGACAGAUGUGGCAGAAGAAUGUCAGAGCAGCCAGUUAAAGAAGCUAAAAGAGACGUGUGAAAAAGAAAAGAAGGAGUUAAAGAAGAAAAUGGACAAGAAGAGGCAGGAGAAGAUUACAGAAGCUAAAACCAAGGAUAAAAAUCAAAUGGACGAAGAGAAGACGGAAAUGAUUCGAUCGUAUAUCCAGGAAGUGGUGCAGUACAUAAAGAGGCUAGAAGAUGCUCAGAGUAAAAGACAGGAGAAACUUGUGGAAAAACAUAAGGAGAUUCGUCAGCAAAUACUGGAUGAAAAGCCCAAGUUACAAGUUGAACUGGAUCAGGAAUAUCAAGACAAAUUCAAAAGGCUCCCUCUGGAAAUUCUGGAGUUUGUACAGGAUGCGAUGAAAGGGAAAAUCAGUGACGAUGGAGACCACAGUUCUACCCCUUCCUCCAUGCCAUCUGACAGUGGAAAAAUGAAUCAUAAACCUCUGCAAAACGAAGAGGAAACAGAAGAAAAUAAUCCAGAGAAAAUGUUUGAUACUCCUUUUUAACUCCCCAUGCAACAGUUAUUGUGCCAGGGCAUGCUACCCCUACCCCCCUGCUGCCCAUCCUCUGUUUUCCUGUUGUGAGCUGCCACAUAACAGCUUCUAAAUGCAGGAGGCACCUGUAUUGAAGUGCACAUUUUAAAAAGAAAUAUUUUAUAAAGGUAUUGUGCAAAGGUCUUCAUUCUCGUUCAUUGCUUUAUUAUGAUACUAAAGCUUAGUGCAGUCAGAGUAGGGAAUGAAUAUGUUAAUACUACCCCCAACCCCAAUUUACAAUGGGUAAUUUUUAGGCCAAUUGCACUGUUAAGAUAGUUUAAUGAAGACCAGUGUAUUGUACAGAGGCAAAUGUGCACGGAUUUCCUUUUAAAGUGCCAGUGCAGUGUGUCCCAAACUUAAUACUGACCUUACAAAAUUAUAUGACCAUACUUAACCGUUUUUAUUUCCUACUUUCUAACUGCACCUUGACAGCUGUGUCAUCAUGUUACAUUUGCACUGAAACAUUUGAUCCUUUUUAGUUUUGCAAGCACUGGUGGCUUGCCAUCUUGCUAUUAUGUUUAUCACGUGGAGAGAAAUAUAUUUGCUGCUGAAAAAAAUCCUUCAUUGGAAAUAUGGUGAUUAGAGUAAGUUUAAAACCAAGAGUUGGACUCCGUCUGCAUAGAGAUAGAGUGUGUGGGUUUGUCUGUCGUCUGUCUGUGUGUGGUACACUUUUGUGAAUGCAUCUGUAUUUAUGCACAUGCAUACACACACACACAUGCAUAGAAUGUAUGUAUUUGCAGUCUGUCUGCUCUCAAGACAAAACAAAAGGUUUCAGGGAAACGGAAAUAGAAAACCUUUAUAGAUCAUAACCUCUGGGUUACAGUGAUAUUACACAAACAUUAAAUUAUAACAAUCUUGUUGUGGAGUUGGUGGUGUAAAUUGAAGAACAUUUAGCAAAUAAAUUUGAUAUAUAUUUUGCAGACUUGAAAGUAUUGAUUUUAAGUAUCAUAUUUUAUGCUUACUAAAUUUGAUAAGAGUUAUAAAAAUGUUUAAAACUACAGGAUUUGAAAAUUUAAGAACAUCUUCCAUCUUUUUUAAGCCUGCAGUUCAAUUUUACUGAUAUCUGAUGUUUAAAAGCAAGUUUUAAAACCCCACCAUUCUGAUAGUUAACAGUUAAUCUAUUUAUCUUUACUUUAACAUAAGAACUAUCCAAGUUUAUGUACUGUAUGAUAUCCAUGAGAGAAAUAAACUGCAUAUUUUCAGAAAGCCAUAUAAAAUAAUUAGUAAGACUUUCUGAAAAAAAAUCAAGAUAUUUGAAAAGGGAAAGAAAAAUAUUAUUCUCUGGCAUCCCCAAUUAAAGAGGACAUAGGGUAUGAAAAUAUUUAUGGCCUGAUUCUCAUUUACUCUAAGGCCACUUUAUACUGCUCACCUCAUGUAAAGGAGUCCUAAUGUGAGUAUACAUAUAAUUAAUUCUCUUCUACUUUACAGCCCCUUUAUAGUACCAGAGCAGUAUUUAUAGUGCCAGAGCAAAAGGGCCACUAGGCUACAUCUUCACUGUGAGUUCUUCUGGCAGAAAAUAUGCUAAUGAGAUCGUGACUUAUGCUAAUGCGUCCCUCCUUAGCAUAGUUUCUGCGGGAAGAACUCGCAGUGAAGACGUAGCCUCAGUGUAAAUGAGAAACAAGCUCAAAAUGUGUAGAUUUUCAUACUUAGACCACAGUCCUGCAAGCACUCGCACAAGUAACUUUAUACACGAUUAAUCCUAUUGGAUUCAAUGAAAGUCCUCUGUGGGUAAUAAUGCUUGCAUCCAUGUUUGCAGGAUUUGGGCUUUAACUUGUAUUUUUAAAUAAAUACAUUUAAAUGGUCUAAUAGUAACAUAGCAAAGUAUUUUAAUAUAAUAGCAGUUAAGUUACUUUACUUGCUUUCCCUCAGGAUUUUAGUAUUUUAAGUAACUUAUUUUAUUUAAAUUUAAGCAAUAAAUACCGAUCAAGCUUAAGUUUUGAGUUAAAUACUCUAUGUGUAUAUAUAUAUAAGUUCACAUUUUAGAAAACAGACAGUAUUCUGAUGUUUCUUUUUUAAACCUAGAGUAGGCAGAAAGAAAAAUUGUACAUCCUUUGGAGAUCAUAUUUUGGAUUAAAGUAUUCUGGUUGAUGAUGAUUACACUAAUUUAAUUACCAUAAAACUCAAAAGUCUGACUUUCAGCUUGAUUUUAGAAUUAACAUUCUACUUUUGCACUUUGAAGAUUGACAUUCAAUAAAAACUUAGAAUGGAAAUUUAAUGCUGCAUUUUAUAAACUGAAAAUGAAAUAGGUUGUUGGAAUUAUAGAAUGGAUAUAUUAAUAGCAGUGUUCACAACAAUACUGAAGACUAUUGCGUUAUAGUAAUCAUUGCCUUUGGGUAAAAAUCAUGACUCCCCUGAAGUUCAUGGGAAAAUUUCCAGGGAUUUUAGGGUAGCCAUGGCUUUACCAGUAGUCUUCAAACAGACUUGGGCAAAUACAAAUUAGCCUUUUGUUUAUAUUUUUAAAAAGUUAAUGAUUGGACUAAGUAUACUAUCAGUUGUAGUCAUUUUACAGUAUAUUUGUAUUUGAUCAUUUACUGUAUUCACAUUUUUUAUAUCUGUACAGUGCUACUUUUUGCAGUUGUAGGGUAGUGUGUAAUACUGUACACCUUGCAUUGUUCAGAUUAUUACAGUCAUACAGAUAUCAUUUAAUAUUACUUGAAUAAGUAAGGUAAUGAAAAAGGGUCUUUAUGAUGUGCAAGUCUUGUGCCUUUUAUGUAUUUGCCUUGUUAUGUGUUGAAUGUGUGGAAAUGCUGUACUGUGGACCUUUCAUUUGUAUAGAAUAGAAAUCUCUAUAUUAAAUUAGAUUGUGCACUUCAAAUAUCUUUACACUACUGAGAAUAGAUUGGUUUUGGCAGUGUAAGCAGAAUUUUAAAAGUUCUAAUGAAAUGCCGGACAUUUUGGAUUUAACAUGUUCAUAAUUAUGUUAAUUAAUGCUCAUGUAUUAUUAUUAUUAUGCAUUCAUUAAAAGAUAACUAAAGGGACAUUGCUUGCCUUUCUUUCAAAUCAAUGUUGCUCUUGUACAUUGUAUGAAUAGUGUCUUGUGAUUGAUUGGACUUUGGUGAUUGGCUUUCAAAAAAAAUCAGACAAAUAUUUCGGUUAAUAUGUACAUAUUUUUGUUUCUCAAUCUGAUUGUUUAUGAUGCAUAAUUCACAUUUUUGUAAGAAUUCUAUGCAAUUUUGUGGCAUGAUGUUUCUUCCAUUUGUAAUUUUAUGUGCUUUCAUCACAGAUCCAAAGGACAAUUAAAAUUUUCUUA